UGAAGUAGAAGACCAAUGUGUGGAAGUGAACUGAAGCGUCCUAGUCGGGAGCGCCCCCUGCCGACCCUCCAGAGUCAGUGCAGGCCAGAGGAGGAAGGAGACGUGUCCCAGAGAGAGAUUAGCUUAAACGCACAGAUGGAGGCAGACAGCACCGGUAGCAACAUGGGAGAGACAGCAGACGUGGAAAUGGCAGAAAAUCCAUUUGAGCCUUAUAUUGAAUCUCUUCGGCAGCAGCUGGAGGACCAGGACCCCGCGGUUCUGAUCGGACUGAUCGUCGCUCUGGCUGUCGUUGUUAUCACCUGCGUUUUCCUGAAGUACUUUCUAUCCAGUAAAACAGUCAGGAGCGCGGUGCUGCUGGUCGGGCUUUGUGACUCGGGGAAAACCCUCCUGUUCAGUCGGCUGCUGUCAGGAAAGUUCAAGCGCACACAGACCUCCAUCACUGACAGCAGUGCUCCAUACAAAGCUAAAAACGACAAGGCCAGCACCUGGACUCUGAUAGACCUGCCAGGACAUGACAGUCUUCGCCCUCAGUACAUGGAGAAAUUCAAAUCUGCAGCCAGGGCGAUUGUGUUCGUAGUGGACAGUGCCAUCUUCCAGAAGGAGGUGAGGGAUGUUGCUGAGUUUCUGUACAUGCUGUUGACAGACAUCGUGAUCUCAAGGAAUGCCCCAGCUCUCCUGGUAGCAUGCAACAAGCAAGAUAUCACCAUGGCAAAAUCAGCCAAGUUAAUUCAGCAGCAGCUGGAGAAGGAACUGAAUACCUUGAGAGUGACUCGUUCUGCAGCUCUCAGUGCUCAGGAUGGCUCAGUAGGCGGCAGCGUGUAUCUGGGGAAAAAAGGCAAAGACUUUGACUUCAACCAGCUGCCCUUGAAGGUGGAGUUCCUGGAGUGCAGCGCCCGUGGCAGCAAGGGUGAAGAUGGGGACGCGGACUUGGAGAACCUGGAGAAGAGUCUGGCUAAACUGUAAAAUCAACAACAUCCUCAAAGGGCAGACUUUGCUGCAAAAAACACUCACAGCUCGAAUCAACAUCACCCAAUCAAAGGAGGGAUGGCAACUGUGUCACAGCGGAGGACUUUUUUUUUGACAGGAGUGACUAGUGAGACAUGGUACUACCUGUGCUGACUGUCAGAAUGAAGCUUGUAACAACAUUACACGAUGAGGAGCGAAGACAUAGAAAAUCAAACACACCAAAAAGACUGAAAGUUGUGUAUUCAGGUGUUGUAGUUUGUCUGGUUGCUCCGAGUGCUGAGAAAUGAACAUGUGCUUUUACGCUGUCGAUCCAACUGUGAACAUCCGCCUUACAGCGCUUUUUUGGCUUCUUUAGAAAAAUAUAUAGUUUGAACAAUUUUCAUAUACACAUUUGCUGUUUGUAAUUUAAAUUUAAAGUAUUAUAGGCUGUCAAAGAAUUUCAACAUUGUUUUAAAUUUAUCUAGCGUGACCUAUAAGCUGCCUUGUUAAGACGGAUGGCUGAGAAUUAAGUUUAUUCAAGUUAGCUAUGUGCCUUUUUUCUGGUAUCAUCUGCUAAAGGAUGAAAAUGUUCUUGUUUAAAAGUGUCGUGUGAAUACAGAGAAUUUGCUAUGAAUGUAUGAAUUUAUUAAGAUUUCUGUCUGUCUGUUUGUCUGGCUUGUUUGAAAACUGACAAUACAGAUUUUUUUUUGAUGAUGCAAA